CGGAUGAUGUAUUGAUGACAGUGGUGUCCCCGCCUAUUAUGGUAAACUUUAAUUAAUUAAAAAGUUAAAUGUUUUUUCUAACAAUUAUCGGGAUGUGAAUGUGAAACUAAAAAAGAAAUGUGCAAACAAUUUCAAUUUGGAAACUAUACUUUCAGUCAACACCAGUUUUAUUAAUUGCUGGUUUCUUAUUUAUUAAAAUGCAACAUCAUGUUAUCGAUUGGGAAAAUAAUAAUUUAUGUGAAUGGAUAAAUAGUAUAGAGAACAGGCAUCCCCACAUCAAAAUAAAAACAAGUUCAGUCAAAUAUUAAUAUAAUAUCCAUAAAUCUAUAACAAUCUCUCAUAAAGGUUCACUUACUAGACGAAGGCCUCAUUAGAUGAAUCAAAAAUGUCAGAAUCGAACGUUAGCCGAUGUCACCCUCUCCACUUUAGUUCAGCUCAACAGAACAGUGGAAAAAUAGAUACUUUACAUGUUUAUUUACCAAAUAACGGUUUCCGUACAAUCAAAUUCAAUGAACAAGUUGACAAUGUACGCAAAAUCAUUGAGAGCAUUGUACAAAACAUAGUACCGGGACACAAAGCAAAUUCACAAAGCUAUGCAUUGCGCUUGCGAAAUGUUAUUACCAAAGAAGUUGUCUGGAUAUCCAGGGACACACCAAUGACUCAAGUUGCAGCUCGAAUUUCGAACCCCUCGUGUUCGAAUACGGAAUGCCCAUAUAAAACGAUGAGUAAUCGAAAAAAGGAACAGCAAAAGCCAGAUAUUGUUGAUACGCAUAUUAAUAGCGUUUGGAGAGCCGAACUCAGAGUUCGUUAUAUUCCAAAAAGCAUUAAGGAGUUAUAUGAAAAGGAUAGAAUAACCUGCCAUUUUUAUUUCGAUCAAGUAAAACAAGACUACAUUAAUUCUAGCAUUACAACUAUUGACCUCGAUGUGGCAAUUCAAUUGUGCUGUUUAGGAAUUAGACAUUAUUUCAGGGAUGUUAUUAAAGCGGAAGAUAAAAAACAUCAUGUAGACUACAUUGACAAAGAGAUUGGUUUUAAAUCUUUUUUACCACAAGCUGUGAUACAUAGCACUAAGCAAAAAAAUCUUAAGAAAUUGAUACAAACUGGUUACAAAAAAGUUUACAACUACAGUGAUAUCGAAUAUAUCCUUAAAUUUUUUGAACUCUUGCAAACUCAGUACACGUUUGAUCAGGAGCAGUUUUCGGUAACUCUAAGUUCGGCGUGGAAUAUUUCAGGGAUAUUAUACAUUGGACCUAAUAUUGGAAUCUCUUAUCUAACUCAUCCACAAACGGGACUUACAAAAGUUACUGAUUUUCAUAAUAUUGAAAGAAUAAAAACUUGCAUCUUAUCAAAAGACAGUCAACAAAUAGAUGAUUCUCAACAAUAUUCAACAACAGAUCGAUUAAAAAAUUCACAGAAGUUAGCAAACAAUGACAAAUCUGCUAAGAAAGAGAACUGCAAUUGUAGAGAUAUUAAAACACAGUUAAAAAUGAAAACCAGUAGUAACGAGGAAGAAUUAGUUAUAAAUUGUGUUGGACUUAAUACUGCAGAUAGUAUAGCAGAUUUAGUCGAUGGCUAUUGCAGUUUAGUGAACAAUAGUGAUAUUUCCCUUUGGGAUCGUUCCAACGCGUCUGGAAAUAGUAGUAGUACUAAAAACUCCCUAGAAAGAUCUAAAAUUGUUUUGUCCAAAGACAAUGAUGCGUCAAAUGUUGCUAAUCUUAAGCCCGGCAAUACAAGCACUAAACAAAUUGACCAGCAAAAGAGUAUACCAAAAUUAAGUGAUGAUUAUGCUGAAAUUGGUUUGGUUGAUGAAGAAGGAGAUUACUCUACACCUGCAGUUCGAAAUUAUGAACUGGAUAGAUCGCAAAUUGUGCUCAACGAAAUCAUUGGAGUCGGACAGUUCGGAGACGUUCACAUAGGAACUUAUUACAUUAAAGACAAACCAAGUCGAGAAAAAAGUAGUACAAAUGGAAAUGACGAAAAUGGGGCAAACAAUACUCAGACUGAUAACAAGGCUGGUGCAAUUCAAGUAGCGGUUAAGACCUGUAAAGCGGAUGAUGAUCUAACUAAAACCGAAAAAUUUCUUCAAGAAGCUUAUAUAAUGCAAAAGUUUGACCAUCCUCAUAUAAUACGCCUCAUAGGCAUAUGUAGCAGCGCUCCCAUUUGGAUUGUCAUGGAGCUAGCUAAGCAUGGUGAACUUCGAGCAUUUCUAAAAUCAAAUACUGAAAAGCUUAAACGAGGUUUUCUUCUUUUGUAUUGCUAUCAACUUUCGACUGCCCUUAGCUACUUAGAAUCGAAAAAAUUUGUUCAUAGAGAUAUUGCAGCAAGAAAUGUACUAGUCAGCACUCCAACGUGCAUUAAGUUAGCGGAUUUUGGACUUUCCCGUUGGGUUUCAGAUCAAUCUUAUUAUCAUUCAAGCAUGUACAUGCUCCCUAUAAAAUGGAUGGCACCGGAAUCUAUUAAUUUCCGGCGUUUUACAACAGCUAGUGACGUCUGGAUGUUUGGUGUCUGUGUAUGGGAGAUCCUUAUGUUGGGUGUAAAACCAUUCCAAGGAAUAAAAAAUAAUGAUGUGAUAUUAAAACUAGACAAUGGCGAACGAUUACCAUUGCCUAAUAACUGUCCCCCCCGUUUGUAUUCCCUUAUGUCCCAAUGUUGGUCAUAUGAACCUCUGAAGCGACCUAAUUUCAAGAGCAUCAAAGAAAUUUUAUAUGAAAUUUUAGUCGAAGAAAAAUUGAGUGACUCUGAAACGAUGCGUAGAGAAAAUAGAAGAGUAGCGGCUAUGUCGUGGGGUGCAAGCGAAAAUGCACCACCACCAAAACCUACCCGAAAUACUCCUGGAAAUGAUUUUUUGAUGCCAGCAGUAGAAGAGGAUCAAGGAGCUCCAUUAACAUAUAUAAUUGCCCAAAACUCAACCGUCCUUGCUCGCCUUAUGAUGGAAAACGAAAACCGCAGCAUCAACCCGUCUUGCUACACCACACCAGCAUCGGUAUUUAAUACUUUAGCAGUAGAUGUAGAUAAAGCUAAGACUAAAAUAACAAAUAACAUAAAUCCGACUGAAUUAUCUCUCAAAACGACAAAAAUCCCUGCUUCAGAACUCCAAAAAUUGGAUCCCAUUAUUGACGAAAAUAUACCAGUUCUAAAAUCCCAUCCAACAAUAUCAGAUAGCUUAGGAACUGAUAACUUACCCAUGUUUAGAUCUAACACUCUUGACUCACACUUAAGCUCCUCCUCUUCAUUGUCCCCAAUGUGUGAUACUAGUGCUUCUAACAUUUCUAAUUCUACUGACAAACACAUGCAUGAUCAAAAAAAAAUUAUGAUCGAAUUAAAAAAUAAUCAUUGUAAUAAAGAACCGCAAAUGUUUGCAACACAACAUUUAAAAAAUUGUGAAACUAAUAAUUAUCAGCAGUAUUAUGAUCACCAGUCUAUGAUUCAUCAGUAUGUAUUAGACCAAAAACAACAGCAUUAUAAAAUUAAACCGCUGCAAUCAUCUAAGAUAUGCUCGCUCAUUCGUGAGACUAGUCCUUCUAGCACAUUCGAUUCCAAUCAAAGUCUUAAUACAUCUGAAAAUUUCGAGAGACAAGCUCGUACAUUUUACGGCAGUCUUGAAAGAAAUCAACAAGUGCUUAAAUCGGUACAGCAAAUCUGUAUGCGACCAAAAGGUGGCAGCUUGGAACGAAACCAAUCUAUAGCAGACGUAAAAAAUAUAUUUCGUAAUCGUAUCUUCCGCGGUGGCAGUCUUGAAAGAAAUCAACAGAUGAACAAUCAUCGUUCGGGAAGUCUGGAAGGCAACCCUUCUUACCAUAUGUAUCGCCCGCCAAUGGGAACUACUCUAGAAUCAGAACAAGAAGGCAUAUAUGACUUUGGUGGAGCAAAUGUAAAAAGUUGUGCACCACCUACAAUGAAAACAGUUACAGUUCCGUCCCAAGGUGGAGGCAUCUUGCAACAAUUUGAUAACGAACAAUCCCUUCAGCACGAGGCUUCAACGACUAGUCAACAUUCUUCUGCUUCGUCUUAUAUACAUCAGCCAACGCAACCUUCGCACAUGCAUUAUGUCCAAGGAAAGGGCAAUAUGAACUGUGCUCAGUCUCCUCAAAACAAAAUGUACACAUCAAUGAUGCCUGCUAAUAGCUAUAUGAGAUCCUCUGAAGGUUAUCAAACUAACUCAGUGCCCCAGCCAAGUUCUUUGCCUAUAUUGCCAGAAAACAAACUUGUAGAUGGCUCUGUUUCAUGUCCCUAUAUGAUACCAAAUACUCUGCAGCGAAACCAAAAAAGAAAUCGUCAUUACUACGAAGCUGGUCCUGGUGAAACAAUUGCUUUUGAAUCUGGACAUAAUCACCAAGAGUGUUAUGUUCCCAAAGAUGAAUGCAUGCAGGUACCAGUCACAAGGGAUGUUAAUAGAGAUCAACGUAUUGAAAAUGAGGUCGAAAAUGAAUGGUUUACACAAGAUGAGCACUUAUCGAAAUUCAUUCAAGAAGACAUUGAUAAAAAACUUCUUAAACAGCAAAUUGAAAGUGAAAUUGAUAGCAAGUGGCUUAUUCAAGAAGAAAAUGUUUUGAAAAAACGACUCAGUCUUAUUAACUCAAAUGCAGAAUCUGGCACUUAUGGGCAUGAUGAUGAUAACAACACUUCACAUACAAAUUGGUCUCAAAAUUCAAAUAGCCUAAAUAGGUUAUCUAGACCGAGUUCACCAGGCUUAAAUUCAGGAACUCAGCAUUCAAACACCUCGCCGGGAAUAACAGAACGAAGGACCGGUGCAAUAUCAUCUUUAGGUGAAGUUGAUGAAGACAAAAAUAAAGUUCCUCCAUCUACAAACAAUAAAAAAUCACCACAAAUUACUGAUCGUACAAAUGAUGAGGUUUAUGCGGCAACAACAAGUGUUGUUAGAGCAAUAAUGGCAUUAUCACAAGGAGUUGAAAAGGCCUGUGCUGCAGAAUACUUAGAUUUAGUAAGAUAUGUUGGAAUUGAACUUCGAAACCUUCUAGUUUCGGUCGAUAAAUUAUCCACUCAAUUUCCACCACAAGUUCACAAAGAAGUUGAAAUGGCGCAUCAAGUUUUAUCUAAGGACAUGCAUGAGCUGGUAUCAGCAAUGCGCUUGGCUCAGCAAUAUAAUGAAACCACUUUAGAUGUGGAAUAUAGAAAGAGCAUGCUCUCAGCAGCCCAUGUUUUAGCAAUGGAUGCUAAGAAUUUACUGGACGUCAUUGAUUCAAUACGAAUACGAUAUUCAGUUGUAAACAAAUGCCAUACAAAACCACAAUCUUUGUUCCAAAGCAAUAAUACAUCAUCAGAUGAGACAACCCAAAACGAUGUUUCACAAUCUCAAAACUACCAGUGUUCUCCAGGUUUUUCAUUACAAGCUUCCCAUACAAAUGAAGAAGGUUACCAAAUAAUGUCAAAAGAGACCUAUGAAAACAGUAUUGGCGCUUACAAUCGAACACCUGUCCAGACUUCCAAUUCAUCUUCUAUAAGUUGCUCUGGAAUUUAUGACAACGAUUGCAUUAUCAAUGAGCAUGUUAAAGACAUAGAACCAAAUAUUACCAAAUCUGCUUCCAAUGAGUAUGACACAUCGACUGAUAUAGGAGCUCGCUUUUCAGAUAAAUCUAUAGAAAGUUUUGAAAUUGAAAAUAAAUCCAAAGAACCCCCUGAUGAAUCGCUUAAAAUUGUGGAGGAAAAUACACAUUUGUACUGUAAUCUAUCAAUAGCCUCUGGAACGGAGCAGCUUGUUCACAACUAA